CCUAGAUGAAAACUCGUCCCUCUUCGACUGCUCUGAAUCAUUACUAGUCUGCUCAGUGCUUACUCCUCUUUCCCUCUCCCCGCCGAAUGGCUGACUCCAAAACUACCCCCAAGGCCUCCCACUCUAAACCCAUUCCCCCCAUCACUCCUUCCCAUGCUCGCGAACCUUCUCCUUCUUGUUUACUACCACGCCCAAGCCCAACUCCCUCGGCCCCCGCCCGAAGGCGAAGCCUUCGUCUCCUCCUCGCCUCCCGGAUCGAUGUUGCUGCACGCCCCCCAUGUGAUUCUUCCCCACUCAGUAAAAAUGGGGAUUGCUCAUUUCCCGAGGACCGUGAGUUCCAGAGGAAAAUUUCUCGGGAGCUUAGUGCCCCCGGCGUGUCUCGCUUGGAUGCUCAAGGCAUGGGGUUGGACUCCAGCGGAAAUGACAUUAGGGAUUUGGAACUCGCGGACAACACUGACCGCGCGAAAGUGGAAUUGUUUAAUGAAAUGAGAGGAGACGGAUCAAAUUCGUGUUGGCACGGUUCAAGUUCGCAGAUUCCUGGGCCCAAGUCCUUUAAGGCAAAGAGGAAGUGGGAGUUAAGUAUGGAUGUCCGUUUACAUAGUUUUGAAUGCAGGGAAGAUGAAAGAAGAAAAGGUUUUCUGAAUUUACGGUCUGGAAAGACGAUACCUAAGAGAGGAACAAAUGCCAAUCCUGUGGACAAGACUCUUGAAGAAACUGAAUGUCAAGGGCAAAACGAUGAUAAUUUUAUGGAUGGUGCAUCCAUUGAUAAGGAUGUUGCUGGUGGUGCUGAGCGUUGUCGAAAAAUGAGAGAUGAAGAUAGAGGAAACAAAGAACUUCACAUGGAUCUUUCUAAGUCAGUUGAUACAAGACGAUCAAACGGUGAGAGAAUAGGCAAAGGAAAGUUAGUUGGUGUUAGUGAAAAAGGCGAUGUUAUUGAAAAUGUGGAUGCAGGGCUGAGCCGUGAUGAUUUGUUACCUAACGACAGUCAAGAAGCUAUAAUGGGCUUGGAAUCCAAUUCAGAAGAUCAUAUUACUAAAGAUGUCAGCCAUUUAGAAGACAAUACAGCCUCACAAGGUCAAGAACGGUUGAUAAACGUGAGUGUAAGAGAGUAUGGUUCAGGAAGGAACGAAUAUAUGGAACGUUUCAGGGAUGUAGCCAGGGCAAAUGCUGCUCGAUUUGCUCAUUUUGCAGCAGAUGAGGAAGAUGACCGAUCAACUAAUGAAGCUAGAGUGGAAAAUGAAGCUGAAGAAUGGCCAGGUCCUUUCUCUACGGCUAUGAAAAUUAUCAAAGAUCGAGCAGUGAGAAGUACGCAAACAGAUGGUGUCUCUUCGGAGAGGAGUUUACCUGUAUCCGUAAAAUGGGUUCCCAAGAAGAAUCAAGGGCAAAAAGGUGCAAGAUUUUCAAUCCCUUCACUGCAAGAACUAUGCAUUAGCGUUCUUGCCAAGAAUGCAGAUGCUAUCGUCUCCCUUAAUAAUGUCCCUGAUGCUCUGAGGCAUAAGCUGAGUCAGUUAUUAUGCAAUCGUCGAAAAAUGAACAGUCAUUUUUUUGAACUUCUUGUCAGUGGAUCACCCAUGGAGAUCCGGCUAAGGGAUUGCUCAUGGAUGACGGAGGAGCAGUUUACGAAAUCUUUUCAAAUGUGCAACACUGCGAGUUUGGCAGUGUUACAACUUGAUCAGUGUGGUCGCUGUUUGCCGGAUUAUGUAUUACGCUCUACUUUGGCACAGGCACCAGGGCAUUUACCUAGAUUAACUAGUUUGUCCCUCAGUGGUGCAUGCCGUCUUUCAGAUGAGGGGUUGCAUACCCUAGUUUCUUCUGCCCCUGCACUUCGAUCAAUCAAUCUUAGCCAGUGCUCUCUUCUUACAUCGACCAGCCUUUAUAUCUUGGCCGAUUCAUUAGGAUCACUUCUGAGAGAGUUGUAUCUUGAUGAUUGCCAAGGCAUUGAUGCUGCACAAAUUGUGCCUGCACUGAUGAAGCUUGAGCAUCUUGAAGUUUUGUCGGUGGCAGGUAUUCAGACUAUUUGUGAUGAUUUUAUCAAGGAUUAUAUUAUUGCCCGUGGUCACAACAUGAAGGAGCUUGUUUUAAAGGAUUGUGUAAAGUUGACUGAUUUGUCAAUAAAAGUCAUUGCUGAACACUGUCCUCAGUUAUGUGCGCUUGAUCUUAUGAACUUGACUAAAUUAACAGAUUCAUCGAUGGUAUAUCUAACAAAUGGUUGUCAAGCACUUCGUAUGCUGAAACUUCGCUGCAAUGCCUUCAGUGAUGAAGCAGUUGCUGCUUUCCUGGAGACAGUGGGAGAAUCGUUGAAAGAACUUUCCCUCAAUAAUGUUAGGAAGGUUGGCCGCCACACAGCCUUGUCACUUGCAAGCCAUGCAAAAAAUUUGCAUACUCUGGAUCUGUCCUGGUGCCGGAAUUUGACAGACAGUGCAGUGGGUCUUGUUGUGGAUUGUUGCUUAUCUCUGAAGCUCCUUAAACUUUUUGGAUGCACUCAGAUUACAGAUGUAUUUUUGAACGGCCACUCCAAUCCGGAGAUCCAUAUAAUUGGUUUGAAAAUGUCUCCUCUGUUGCAGCAUGUUGAAGUGCCCGACAGUCAACCGCAUGCUUUGCACUAUUCGUCGGUUUAUCUAUAAAUUUAGUGGUCUGAGAAUUCUUGCCUUUGGGUUGGCGCAUGAUAUUCUCAUAAACUUGGAAUCGUGAUUUUAAGCUUAAGAUGUAGAACUAAAUUUUGGACGAGUCAUGGGAAGGCACAGACAGAUUUGCGACUUUUGACUUUCUUGCCUUCGAUGUGUUUUGAUUUAUAUGAUCCAUUCAGCUUUCAAAAAUCAGGAGCUUAAAUUUC